CGCGUCCGCCGCACGGGGGCGCUGCCGCCCUCGCCGCCGCCCGCGCGCUCCAGGCUGUCCCCGCGGCAGGGCGCGCCGCUGCAAGAUGUCCGUGCGCCGCGGCCAGCGGCCCGCGCGGCCGGUCACCCGCCUCUCCUGGCUGCUGUGCUGCAGCGCCCUGCUGUCCCCGGCCGCGGGCUACGUGAUCGUGAGCUCGGUGUCUUGGGCCGUCACCAACGAAGUGGACGAGGAGCUGGACAGCGCCUCCACCGAGGAGGCGCUGCCCGCGCUGCUGGAGGACUCGGGCAGCAUCUGGCAGCGCAGCUUCCCGGCCUCGGCUCACAAGGAGGACGCGCACCUGCCGCCCCCGGCCGGCGCCGCCCGCUCCAGGCCGCCCCCCGCGCCGCCCGGGAUGUUCUCCUACCGGCGGGAGAGCGGCCCGAGACUGCGCCCCAGCACCGCCCGCUUCCUGGCCCACGCCAGCGCCUGGGGCUGUCUGGCCACCGUGUCCGCCCACGAGAAGAUCCCAGGACUGCCAUUUGGGAACUGCCUGCCCAUCAGCGACGGCCCCUUGAACAACAGCACUGGGAUUCCUUUCUUCUAUGUGACACCCAAGGACCCUGCAGUGGCCGAUCUGAUGAAGAACCCCAUGGCCUCCCUCCUGCUGCCAGAAUCUGAAGGAGAGUUCUGCAGAAAAAAUAUCGUCGACCCGGAAGACCCCCGAUGUGCCCGGUUGACGCUCACUGGCCAGAUGACUGCAGUGUCUCCAGAAGAAAUAGAAUUUGCCAAGCAAGCCAUGUUUUCAAGACACCCAGUUCUGAGGAAGUGGCCUCGUCAGUAUGAAUGGUUCUUUAUGAAGAUGAAGAUAGAACAUAUCUGGCUUCAGAAAUGGUAUGGUGGAGUAUCCGACAUUUCAAGGGAGGAAUACUUCAAGGCAGUUCCAAGAAAGGCCUGAUGCAGUAAGAGGAAAGCGCUCGGUGUUUGCGUGAAAUGAAAAUCUUUUAAGUGCUGCUGCCGACGGCGACUGACCGCUGACUCUUCGUUGCCAGGGUUCGCAGCAGCCCUGUCAUCCUCACAGCAGAACGAGAGAGGGUGGCCAGGGAACCCUGUGCCAGACUGGAUAUUAAAGUGGUCAUUUGCAAACUCCCAAUCCACACAGGUACUCACAUAUAUAGCCUUUGUUCAUAUCGUAUUCACACCCGUCUCACCGACUUGAGAAACAUUGUUGGUUGCCAAAGUGACACGUUGAGACAGUUGCCGUUCCAUUCCUUAGGACAAAAAAAAAAAAAGAGGUAUGUGCAAUGUGAUUGCACUGUAUCGUGAGAGUGUUUUUGUUGCUUGCUGUGCCCAAAGCGGUCUUGAUUCGAAACUCACUGCAACCAUGAAGGAACUAAGUGCAUCACACGGUCAGUCUUGAGUUUGGGGUGAGCAUGCAGGACUGUUUGUCUCCGGAUUAUCCAUGGCCAUGUACUGAACUGCAGGUGCACUAUGAAGUCACAUUUGCUAGAAUGUAUCAGUUACUUAUGAAGCUUUGGUCACGCUGUAACAUGAAAAUGGCAUAAGAACACAGAGACUUGUGCGCAGCCCUAUCUGUGUAAGCAGGCCAUGGGAAUACACUAAUGAGGUGGGACAGCCUCAGCAACAAGCUCUCCAGACCCCCACUGCUAGUGCUUCUGACAGAGGGUUCCCUUCUCUCAGGCAUGAGGUGUGGCAUCCAAAAUAAGAAGUGUCUCGUUCUGUGGUAUGUGGAGAGGAGAGGGGAGAGGCUGAAGAGGGGAAGGAAACAGGACAAAGUGUAAGAAGAGGAAGCAAAGAAGUCAGUAAUUGAAGGCACACUCCCUGCCCAGCUUUAGACCAGGCCCUUGGCAAGAUCAUCUCAUUUAAGCCUUAUAACCAGUGAGAUUCACAUCAUCAUUGCUACUUACAGAUGAGAAAACUGAGGCUCAGAGAGGCUAGGUCCAUGCCCCAAGACCUGACUCCAGAACUCACUGCGUACAAUGGAUAGAGUGGUACUUAGAUCAUUUCCAAUCUUGAGAAAAAGACAAGAGAGUUACUGAAAUGCACAGGUACUCAUUGAAUCGGCAAAAUCAGUAAAGCGAUGACUAGCCUGCCUAUGAUGAUUUGUCACUGUUAACUACCAAAACAAACAAAAAUUCAUCUCUGAAAUUUGGUUGUUACUACAGAUUUAAAAUGUUUCUACAAAUUAUGUGCAGGAGCUCCUGGUUUUUCAAGAAACUACAUUGUACCUGAGUACACAUCUAAGGCCUCUAAGGACCUAUGUGUAUAUAUCCAAGACCUCUUAUAUUGAAGUCUAUAAAGCAUCAAGCAGUACCCCAUUUUCUGUCUUUUCAUAAUGGCCAUAAUCCCUCUCUGGUGGGUUAGGUACAUCGUAUAACAUAAAAACGCAACACUAUAUAUAGGAAAGAUACAUUUUUAAAAUAAGUAAAAAUGUUAUUAAUGAUCAUAUUUUUGUUUAAAAAAUUAAGACAUGAACAGAGUUUGAGACGUCAAAAUAUUUUUAAGUGCCUUUUACUAAAAGCAUAGUAAGAUGCACAGAAGUCUUUAUUUGUCAAAAGUCAAUUCUCAGAAGAGUUCCUAACAAUAGCAAUUUCUAAUAUAUAAGAAUAAGGUAAUUUUGAUGGUAUUUCAUACUUCUGAGUUUAAAAUUACUGCUAUCACCAAUUUAGAGGUAAGAGGGGACAACUGGAAGGACAUACCACAUACUCCAUAAGUCAACCUCACACCUUCAUUCUUUGAGCAUCACUACCUCCUGGUUCUGUCUUAUGAAUAAUAUUCCUAUGCUAAGUUUGCUUUUAUAAGCAGUUUCCACUUAGCUCAUUAAAGACCUCUCUGUUGCUUCAAGGGACUUUGCAGUGUGGGUGCCAUUUAUAACCACUGAUGAAUGUUAUCAGUUAUUUAUCCAAAUUAUAGGAAAUGAACUCUAGACAGGUUGGAUGAUAAGAAAAGUGUUAAAAAUGCACUUGUUUGAGAAUGAUGGGCCUCAUUCAGGCCAGCGCAUUUUAGCAAAUCUCCAGACAUUUACACUGAUAAAAAUGUUUAAGGCUGUACCAGAAGUUCUACACAUGGCAAUAAAGCAAGAAAAAGAAAUUAAAUGCAUAUGAUUGGAAAGAAAGAAAUAAAAAUAUCUCUGUUUACAUAUGACAUGAUAGGAAAUUCCAAAGAAUCUGUUAAAAAGAAAAUAAAAGAAAGAACUCGUGGGUUCAGCAAGAUUUCAGGAUGUGAGAUCAGCACACAAAAUAUAAUCAUAUUUCUAAAUAUUAAAGAUGAACAAAGUGGAAACAAAAAUUAAAAGCAUAAUAUCAUUUAUAAUCACUCUGAAGAAAAUAAAUACUUAGGUAUAAAUUUAUCAAAACAUGUAUAAGAUCUAAAUGCUGAAAAUUAAAAGAUACUAAUGAAAGAAAUCAAAGGUCUAAAUAAAUGAAGAGAUAUACCAUGUUCAUGGAUUGGGAGACACAAAAUAGCAGGGAUGUCAGUUCUCCCCAUAUUUAUCUAUAGAUUUAAUCCAAUUUCUAUCAAAAUCUCAGCAAAGUUUGUAGACAUAUUCAAGUUUAUUCUAAGAGUUCCAAGACAUAGGCCUUGGAAUAACUAAAACAAUCUUGUAAAAGAAAAAUAAGUAGGAGAAAUCACUCUAUUCAAUAUAAAAACUUAUUAUGUAGCUAUAGUAAUCAAGAUAGUAUGGUAUUUAUUGAUGGAGGAACAGACACAUACAUCAAUAGAACAGGAUAGAAAAUCUAGAAAUAGAUCCACACAAAUAUACUCAGUUGGGUAUACUCCCUCUUCAAUGGAGGGAGAAUAGUCUUUUCAAUAAAUGUGUUACAGCAAUGGGAUAUCCACAGGCAAAUAACCUCAACCUACCUGUCACACCUUGUAUAAAAAUUAACUCAAAAUGGAUCAUAAUUCUAAACAUAAAAUGUAAAACUAUAACAUUUUUUUAAAAAGUAGAAAAUCAUAGGGACCUAGGGUUAAACAAAGAGUAUUUUCACACCAAAAAGCAUAAUCCAUAAAGGAAAGUUGGAUAGAUUGCACUACAUCAAAAUUUUAAACUUCUGCUCUGAAAAAGACCAUGUUAAGGGAAUGAAAAGAUAGGCUACAUA